GUUUAACCAUUAAAUGUUUCUGUAUUGUCAGACAUACAUAUAUUUGAAAGGCUAGGAGGGAGGGAAGGGGUAAUAGGCCUAAUUACCCUUUAAAAGCAACAUGGCAGCAUUUGGGGAAAACAAGAAAGAGAAGACUACUGACUUUAAGGUAAAUGUAACUAAAACUUUUCAGUCCUUACUAAAAAAAAAAUAAAACAGCUGAAACCAGUCAAAGCUGGUCACAGCUGGUUAAGGUGGCUGGUUUUAGAGGGUAUUUGACUACUUUUAGCCAUUCAGGCUAGGCUUAGUUCAUCAGCAUAAGCUGGUUUGAGCUAUUUUUCAACAGAAAUCUGUCAUAUUUUAAGAAGAAAAAAAGCUUCUACUGAUAACAGUGUUCAUGUUAAAAAUGAGUACCAUAACUUAAUACCAUAGUAUUUGAAUGACUACCAUUUUAUGUGGUAUUUGAAAGGUAAUUCAGAGAAUAUUGACUGAUAUUAGCAUGUAUGUACCCAGGAUAUAGAAACUGUACAACUAUGAUUAAUUUCGUAGUUUUCUGAGGUAUUGUAAUCACAUAUUCAUAUGAUGUUAGGCUAAAUAAAUAAGUAUUUGUAAGUAAUAUUUUUCUAAAUAAAGAUUUCUGCAUUACUGUGGCAAAUUAAUGGCUUAACUGGCUGUGAUAAAACUAAUGAGGGAGGCACCAACAGAUCCACUUAUGUGUUGGUGAUAUGGUGUAGUCAUGGCACAAUAAUUCAUCAGGUGGGGGUCAAAUGGUACAAAACGGAGGAAAAGAGUGUAAGUUUGUGUAAGCACACACGUCCACAUGACUCGUGGUAGUCCUAUAGUUAUAAAUCGAUGCUGGUGCAAAGUCCAGUCACAUGUUGCACUUCCUGUCAGCGUGAACGUGUCUGGCGAUUCUUUGAUUUCACUCAUUAAAACAAGUAUUUAUACCCGCUCGCCGGAUGUUUUAAUGCACCACACCAUUCCUUGUAAACUUUAGAGACUGUUGUGCAUGAAAACCAGGAAUCAUCCCAUGGUGUACUGUUUCUGAGUGCUAUACAUCACUAUCUGAAAGAAGGAAAUGCAGGUGUGUGUGAUAUGAUGUGAAUUCUGGAAACACGUACAACACACAAGCAGCGUUGUCCAUCAGCGGUAAGUCUCAGAGGUUGUCAUUUGCCCUUUGCAAUCCUAAUAUAUUGAAUAUGUAAUGCUACCGUUCAAAAGUUUGGAGUCGUUAAACAUUUUUUGAAAAAGAUCUCUUAUUGGCCUAAUAAUAAUUUAUUUGAUCUAAAAUACAGUAAAAUAGUAAUUAAAAGUUUAAAUGUAUUUAAAGUUUUCAUUUUAAAAUGUAAUUUAUUCAAUUGUUAGCAAAAUGAAGUGUCACAUUCUUCAGAAAGAACUUUCAGCCUGCUAAACUUUUUUUAAACGCCAUUUUUUUACGCAUUCUUGAAUGAAAGUAUAAAAAAAUCUUACUGACCCGAAACUUUUGAACGGUAUUGUCUGUUUCAUUUAGCUUAUUUCGUUUACUCUUUAUUCAGAGUUAAGAUUUGUUAUCACUCUUCUUUUACUUUAACCUUUAUUUUCUUAGACUGAACACUUUUUAAACCUUUAAAAUUAUUCUUUGCUGUAAUUAUUAAGAUUCAGUAUCCACAGCAGCUAGCAUGCUAAAAUGACAUAAGUGGUGAUUGUGAUAUUUUGGUCAUCUUUCCUCUCUCUGUCAUCUUUUGCAUGUCUAAUGUUUAUUUGCAGAUAUUUCAAUCCGUUUAGUAAGCUCACAGAAAGUGCUCCAAAAUAGUCCGAAAUAGAUGUUUGGAUCUUUUGACAUACAGUAUGGUUGUGAGUUUGACAUCUCAGUGUAAGUAUAAGAAAUUGUCUAGUCUUCGCAAACCGUUUGCAUUGGCAUUCUGGGUUUAGAUUUUAUAAUUAAUUGUCAUGAAAACUGUUUUACAUGAUUUAAAACAUCUGUUCUUUGGUGGUAGGAACCAAAGCGUAAACUUGAAUGUCAUUCUACUCUGCUGGUCUGAGAAAAUAAUACAUGGGAAAUGGAUAGUAAUAUUAAUUCCCAGUGAAGCAGUAAACCAUAAACCCAAUAUCUGCAUACCAGUCUUUGCAGUUUGAAGGAAAACUGGCAGAUGAACAACUUCAAAAAAGCUGAAAAGGAAUUUGGUUUUGAGGCUUUAACGGUCAAAAAAAGUGAUCUGAUUGGUCCAUCAUGUGGAUGUGGGCAUUACUUCCUGUCACCCUGGCAGUGUUUGGGACUAUUGGGAUGUGGGCUGUGUAUGCCAUAGCAGUGUCCAAUAACACUGUUAAUAUAACUGAAGAAUUCCCUUUCAUCAGCACAUGUGGCUCAUACAACCCCCAGAGCUGCCUGUUUUCUCAGAUCUGCAACAUAUGCUGUGUGUUGGCUUUGUGGAUUGUAACAAUCAGAUUUCAGCAGAUCCGUGAUUUGGGUUGUGCAUCUAAUUUAAACACAGUCGGUUUGGUGCUCGGCUUCGUCUCUAGCAUUGGGAUUUCCAUUCUAGGAAACUUCCAGCAAUCCGUAGUGAAGGUGGUUCAUCUGCUUGGAGCGCUCUUAGCCUUUGCCCUGGGUUUGGCUUAUUUCUGGGUCCAAACGUGGCUUUCGUACUACAGCCCGCCAUCACAUGAUCGCAAGUGGGUGGUGGCGGCGCGCGUCAUCUUCUGCAGCCUGUGUACUUGUUUGCUCAUCUGCAUGUUGGUUCUCUAUGGCGCAGGGUUUCGCUCUGAAUCUGCCAUAUGCGAAUGGGCGCUGGUCAUGUGUUUUUUUGCACUCUUUGCAAUUUUUGCAGCGGAGUUCAGACACGUUGACUGCCACAAGUUCACUGUACAGAAAAAGCAAAGAAUAAACAGCAGUGAUGCGAAUGGUGUGUGGACGAUACAGGAGAUUCACUGAGGGACAACUGGCAAGUUGUGGCUGUGGUAAUCGAACAGAUGCAUACAAGUUAAACUCACCAUACACUGUGGACACAACAAUGGACCAAAAUGUGCACAAAUACACACAUAAUGCAAAACACUCCCAGUUUAAAGCACAUUCGGGGGGUACUGUUCGAAUCCACAUUUUGCAGAAAUGAAUACUGAAUUCAUGGACAUUGUUUACAUGAUGUUUAUGUACCUUCAGAUGUUUUAUCAGUGUAGUAUUCAGGCUAUUUCAUUAGCCUACAACAAACAACCUCAGUCUGGUUCUUUGUAUUCUUAAAGACUUAGUUUGCAUAAUGUUAUUAAAUUUGUUCUAUUAUAAAAAUAUUUAUUUUUUAUCUGACCAUUAUCAAAACAAGCUAUUGAAUAUGAAUAAAUGUAACUAUUAACAGUUGCUGGGUUACAGUCUACAAUGUGUACACGAUGGUAUUGCUUUAACAUCAGUAAUUCGGUAAUAGUAGUCCUACAUUUUAACUAGAUCGACAAAACUAGCUGCUAUAAGACUGAGUUGUGAACUGAUUUGUCAGAUGCGAUAGGAUUUUCCAUCUAGUUUUAUUGUCCAUCAAAUUAAAAUAAGUCUAAGUAGCAUAUUUAUGACCCUGGACCACAAAACCAGUCUAAAGUAGCACAGGUAUAUUUGUAGCAAUAGCCAACAAUACAUUGUAUGGGUCAAAAUUAUCAUUUUUUUUUUUUAAUGCCAAAAAUUAGGAUAUUAAGUAUCAUGUUUCAUGAAGAUAUUUUGUAAAUUUCCUGCCUUAAAUAUAUCAAAACUUACUUUUUGAUUAGUAAUAUACAAUGCUAAGAACUUCAUUUGGACAAAGUUAAAGCUUAAUUUCUUAAUAUUUUGAUUUUUUUUGUACCCUCAGAUUCCAGAUUUUCAAAUAGUUGCAUCUUGGCCAAAAAACAAACCAGACAUCAAUGGAAAGCUUAUUUAUUUACUUAUGACUAGCUUUGUGGUCCAGGGUCACAUUUAUUAUUUAGACAAUGAAUAGCGUAACUUGAUCUCCUAUUUGAAGUUGAUGUUCGUAGCACAACAGUUUAAAGGGCGAAUUAUGCCUCAUAACAGCAUUAUAAACGGCUUUUCUGACGGUGAUGGAGACCGAGAUGGCAGGAAGCACACCCUGUUUAUUUUAUUUAUUUUACAUUAGUUUUAUUUAUUUUACAAAAUUAAUUUGACCUUUUUUCCUUGUUAUUAUGAUGUUUUUUUUAUGCCCAUGGGUUGAAGCGACCCCAGUAACAUGAUAUUUAGCCCCUGGAAGGUGUCUCUCACAUUGUCCCACAUUAAAAUAGUGUAGAUUAGUGUACAAUGUUUUAUUCAUUUACCAUAUUAAAUAUUGGGGGCAUCCAAGUUAUUUGACACAUUUUGUUUUAAAAAAAAAAACUGUCCCUGUAAUUGGUUACUUUUAUAGGUCAUUCUAUAAUUAGAGGUACAUUUAGAACUUGACAAUGUGAAUAAUUUUUUCUUGUGAAUUUUUUUUUUUUUUGUCCUAAAAACCCCAACAUGACCUUUAGCUCCUUUGAAACAAUCUAUACUGUAUAAAGUGCUAUAGAAAUAUAGGUGAUCUGUAGGAAUAUGUGCAAAAAAUACCAUCUAUGUUUGCUACUGUCCACCAUGUUACCUUUACUGGGUAACACAGUUGAUGGGUAACUUAGUUGACAUUUUUUUGUGUGUUUUAAGGCCUAUAUUAAACAUGGAAGCCUAGAACUACUGAGCAUAUGGUAUGUUUAGAAAUAUAUUUUCAUAAACAAAACGUAAGUUUUAUUAAACUGUCUUGUUAAAAUUUGCAGCAGUAACACUGUUGACAGUUCAUUAAUCCACUCUUGACACAGGUUUGCUAGUUUACCAAUAUUAGGAGAAAGAGAGAGAACAUAACUUCUAGUGUUUCAUCUAUGUGCUUCUAGAGGAAAUAUCAUACUGUGCAAAUUAUGCUAGAAUGGGACAAACAAUUCCUUUCUGAGGGGGGUUUUUCUAGUGG